AUGUCGUUCACAUUCUCUUCCCGAGUUUUCCUCAGAAGCUCAACAUACCUGUUCAGCACCCCUGCGAAGAGAACACUCUCAAGCAUUACAUCUUUGUCUACGUGCUGCACUGGACAAGCCGUCUUCGCUUCACGGUUAGAGAAAAUACCAUAUCGGGGCACUAAGCCAAGGACUCGACGGUUUCCCCGGGUCAGGGGUGAAUCACUACGGCCAUUUUCAUCCACAUCAGCGACAGCAUGGAGGGGCUUCGAAGACUCCAAGAGAACCCCAUGGCGUCGAUUGCAGGAAAACACGGCUGACCUCAUUGAGGGAAAUUUGGAGACGGACGGGUUCAGUUACUGGGGUAUUACCAUGUACCGAACCACCUACAAGAGCGACGCGGACUGGGCGAAAUUCCUCGAUCGGUUCAUGGGCAGUGUCCGCACAGAACUGGAAAGCCACGACGGGCUCGACAUGUUGGAUUCCUUUCGGCCUGUUGUGAUGGAAGACGCGCGCCGCUUUGACGGGGCCACGCCUGAUCAAAUACGGGACGCUUUCAAGGAGUGGGCGAGGGUGGCUUGCGAGACGGAGCAUGGGGUGCCAUACAAACAUGCAGAGAAGGCGUACUCGGCCCGAUAUCGCCUGUGUAUCAUGGUUGACGAGGAGGCGUUACAGUCUGUGCUGGAUAUACCGACCGAGGACUUGGAAGAGUAUAAUACUACUGGAUUUGUGAUUCUGAUCGAUGGGAGGUGGUCCCCAGAGUUGGACCCCGAAGAAUUGGCUGCAGAAUUGGCUGCAGGAGGGGGGCCAGACGAUGGACACGGGCCGGUGUACGGCUGUACGUUGGGCGAGGUUGGCUGGAUGAAGGUUGAAUAUGCUCAGGCGCAGACUGUAUCCUCCGCACUCAUGACUGAUGAUGGGGAUUGGGACGUUGCGUAUCGACGGCCACCGGCCAUUGGAUUUGACUUUUGA